AUGAAAACAAAAGAGGACGGCGGAACCAAUUUGUCCGAACAAUUUGAAAAGGUGAAAGUUGAUACGUCUACUGAAGAGGGUGAUAUUGUGACUCCAUGGGACGUAAAGGCUUCUUCCGAAUCUGGUGUUGACUAUGCAAAAUUGAUUGAACGUUUUGGUUGUUCCUCAAUUGAGCCUGCUCUUAUUGAGCGGUUCGAGAAGGUGACUGGCAAGCCUGUGCAUCACCUUAUACGUCGAGGCAUUUUCUUUGCUCAUCGAGAUCUGGAGCAUAUUCUUGACAUGUACGAGAAAGGCAAGCCUUUUUAUCUUUACACUGGACGCGGUCCCUCUUCUUCAUCACUUCAUGUUGGACAUCUCAUUCCUUUCAUCCUCACUAAGUGGAUUCAGGAUGUAUUCAAUGUUCCUCUUGUGAUUCAAUUGACCGACGAUGAAAAAUUUUUGUGGAGAAAUAUUCCUAUGGACGAGAUCAUCAACUUGGCCAGGGAAAACGCUAAGGAUAUUAUUGCUACUGGUUUUGACCCUAAGAAUACCUUCAUUUUCAACAAUUUCACAUACAUGGGUCAGUGCCCAGAGUUUUACCGCACCGUUGUUAGCAUUCAACGCCUUGUAACCUUCAAUCAGGCGCGGGCGAUCUUCGGUUUUACCGAAAAUGAUUGCAUCGGCAAAAUUGCCUUUCCUGCUGUUCAAGGUGCCCCGUGUUUCACCACGGCAUUUCCACACAUUUUUGGAAAGCUAGAGCAGGAGAUGAAGCAGACUAAAGUAGAUGGCCAUAAAAAUACCGCAAAUAGUAAGAAGGGCAAAGGCGGAGGUAAGAAGGAAGACGAGAAGAAGAAACUCAAAUCGGAAAUCGGAUGUUUAAUUCCAUGUGCUAUUGAUCAGGAUCCCUACUUCCGCAUGACUCGAGAUGUUGCACCUCGUUUGGGACUGCCGAAACCCUCUCUCAUUUUCUCCGUCUUCUUCCCGGCCCUUCAAGGCAGUUCCACAAAGAUGAGUGCUUCGGAUCCGAACUCAUCGAUAUUCCUUACAGAUACGCCGAAACAAAUCAAAACAAAGAUUAACAAAUAUGCGUUCUCCGGUGGUGGUGCUACAAUUGAGGAGCACAGACAGAAGGGAGGCAACUGCGACGUUGACGUCUCCUAUCAGUAUCUCAGAUUCUUCCUCGAAGAUGAUGAAAAGUUGGAGAAAAUUCGAAAGGAUUACACUGCAGGGGAGCUAUUGACUGGUGACUUAAAGAAGGAGCUGAUUACUCUCCUGACGAACAUUGUGACUGAGCAUCAAAAACGUCGGGCUGCUAUUACGGAGGAGGAGUUAAAUGAAUUCAUGACCCCACGACCUCUGACCAUGGGAAAUGCGAGAUCUUCUAACUAG